UUGAAUCAGUUCUCCCACCGAUUACUUUCAAUAGGUCUUCUGAUGCUCUUCACUGUUUACUUUGCUACAGGUGAGAUAAUAGAGCCAGUAGAUCUCCAGCAAGCAGAAGAAGUGAUUCAGAAUAAUACCAAUAAGCUCAUCGGCAUUCUUUUUGUUGACCCAACCAGAGUUGAUCUUGCAAUUGGGGAAUCUAACGGUCAACAAGAAAGCACUAUCAGUAGCCUUUUCACAUCUAUUAGAGGCAUGUUUAGUUCUCGUGAAGGAAGGACUAUUUAUGACUUCGCCCAUGAGAUAAGCGAAGAUAUGACAUUGCUUGAGAUUGAUACCUCUGGCCCAGAAUAUCAUACACUUCAUGAAUUGUUUGAAGUAGAAAAUAUUCCAUAUCUUGUAUUGGUAUAUUGCAAUGAAAUCCAGUUCAGGGGAAUCCCAUCGAGGAAGAAUUCAAAGGAAAUUGAAAAUAUCAUUGCUUCCUUUGGUACUUCAUCUGGUAUUGAUAGAUACUGAAGUGAAGGACAUAUGAAGGCUAUCUCUUCGCAAGGUGAAAACCAAGCUAUCUCUGAAUCAUCUGCUGUCAAUAGUACAAUCAAUGAAAUCAUCAGUGCAGGUAGGACUCCUCAAUACGCCUCUUCAGCUAGGACUGAUCCGUUUUAUUUUGGAGAUAAUGAAGCGGUCUACGAGUCUCGGUACUAUACCAAUCCUAUGAAUGGUGGUUUGAUCUCAAAUUCGCAGAGAUAUCCUAAAAUGGUGACAAAUUUGUCCCCUGUUCGUCCAAGAUUGGAAGUCAAGCCACCACAAGAAAGGAUUAGUGUUGUUGACACUGUCACAUAUUAUGACGACUAUAGUAACAGAAAUAUAGUCAGGGCCCCUCCAACAGAGAUCACUAAUGUUAAUAUUGAAGAAACUUCAGCUCCAAUUGAGUUGGAAGCUCCCGAAGAGAUUUUUGAAGAGCCACUGGGAUUUGUAGUAGAGCAAGCCCAACCAUGGCUAGUACAAGAGAAAGUAGUGGAGCUAGAGUGUGAUGAAGUCGAAGCUGAAGAGAUUGCACCUCCUGAAGAGGAACCUGAUGUUUUUCAUGAGAUAGAAAUAGUGGAAGAACCUUUAGAGACUAAGCAACUUGAGUUUAAUCAUGUGGAACCAGUGGUUGUACAGCAAGUUGAGGUGGUUCAUAAGCCUGAGGUUGUGGUCUAUGAGCCUCCAGAGAGAACUGUAGUUACUCCAGCCUAUAUUGAACAGAAGGAACCUGAUAAGAUUGUUCCAGUUAGAGUUCCUCAAUUGAUAGUGAAUAAAAUUAAACCUGUCUCUGUCCCACAAAAAGAGCCGAUUAUUGAGAAACCUGAGCCUGAAAAUAUUCAAAAAGGUGGAACGAAUCUCAAAGUCAAGCAAGAUCAAAAUACCUCCUCACAAUCUGAGAUGAUCCAAAAGAUAAUUGAAAAUCGGGUUGAAAUUCAUGACCAACCAAUAAUAGAAGUUAUUGAGCAGCCAAUUGUAGAAUUUGUGGAGAGGCCUCCUAUCUAUCUCAACCAAUAUCCUCAAGGAUAUGCAGUAAACCAAGACCCAAAGCUUUACUACCAGAACCAGAACAUUCAGAGUGAGAGGAAAGACAUUUCUACAGAAGCUGAAAUACUAUCUAAGAUGAUGAGAGGGCAAAGAACCUCAAUCCCAAAACCUUCAAUCAACUUCCAGCCACCUGAAAAUGUUGAAGUCCGUGAAAAGUUUGAGAAAGUGCUAGAAGAUGAGCAAUCCAUUGUUGAAAGAAUCAACACUCUCUAUGAAGAGGACAAAGCUUUACAGGCUAAAAUGAAGCAAUCUGAGAAGGAAAUUCAGAAAUCAGAGAGUCAAUACAACAGAGCUAAAAGAGACAUUGACAGAACUAUACAAGAGUCCGAGAAAAGAAUGGGAAUCUUGGAAAAAUAAACUCUCUGAGUUAUACAUAGCUAGAGAUAUGGCCCUAAAGGCAAGAGAGACAUUGUACCAGCCUUGCUCCCAAUGCAAGACUGAUGACGCUCCACCUGAUGGUAAAAUAGUUAGAAAACAUCAAAAAGUGCCAAGAAGAGUGAUGCCUUCUGACCAGAGCAAUUUCCAUGAUUUUUAUGAAAGUUCUCUUCAUCAGCAAAAGGAAGGAGGUAACUCUCCUCCUAUGGAUAAGAAAGAGCAGAGGCAGGUGCCUCAGGAAUCGAUGACCAGGAACAUGUUUGGCCCACAGAAGAUUAUCCUUCCUCCUAACCUUCAACCUAAGGCAGAGCAAGGUGGUGAUGGACAGACUAAGGAUGAAGCUUCUCCUGAACUUUCAAAGUAG